AUGAACAAAAAACCACUAAAAACUGUUUCGAUGCUACCUAAGUGGUACAUCAAUCCAAUAUACAAACAUGUAAAGAGCCGGUACCUGGAGAAAAGUAGAGUGAUGAAAAAACAACACAAUACAACUAAAAAGUCUGAUGUAAUGAAAAGUAAAAGAGUAAAAUCGUCCAUGUCAUCAGAAUCAUUUAGUGAGGAGAUGAACAUUGAUCGCAACAAAUUGCUUACACUGGUGGAUAAGUGUUUCAUUGAUCAAUUGGAACAUAAUUUUCAUUCAGAGUAUGCAAAUUUUAUUCUGAACAUGGACAGCAGACGACAACUCCAACAUCAUACAUACAAAUGUGGUCCAUCGAUCCUAUCAGAGCCGAAUCUGCUAUUAACCAUACAUGAUUUACUGAAGGUAAGCGAAUCGCCUAUUGAAAUGUUAAAUGCUGUAUUCAUGAUCUGCAAUUAUGAAAAAACUAACACAAAAGAAUGGUUUGAACCCCCAGAAUACAAAUGGUUGUGGGUGGCCGAAGCCAUUAUGAUUACUGCUCUUAUGUUGAAUAAUCGCACUCGUGACAGUGAUUAUGGCAACGAUGAUAGGCCGGAAUCUGCGGUGUUCUGGUACGCGGCCGGCGUAUUUUACGGCAGCAACGGAUGCACGCAAACUGCCAUAGGUUACCUAGAGAAGGCACGAACCAUUGCCGAUGGCCCAAACAGACUGAUAUUCCCAUCGAUAGCGCCCGACUUACACCUGGCAAUGGGAGUUGACCAAUAUGGAGGGUAUCUUAAAGAGCCAUACAGCGUGUGGACACUGGCAUGUAUGUUCCAAAAUUGUCUACUCAGACAAAUCGCUAUCCAUCAAAAGCCGAAGAAAGCGCUCCGUACAUUACAGAACGCCUACGAACUGCUUAAAGCGUCUGGUGAACCGGACAGUAUUCCACAGAUGCUAAAAGCAGAAUUACAGUUCGAGCUGGGCCUCAAGUACAAAGCAGUUGAUUCAAUCGAGCUCUCAGUAAAUGCUUUCUGUGAAUGCGCUAAAUCUGCUGAAAAUAUUCAUCAUGAGUUGGAUUUAGAUGCGAAAAUUAUGGUAUCAGUAAUGGAUCCCAACCCACCAGAAAACUGGUCUUUACUGGAGUUAAAAGAAGAAGCAAAAAAAAGGUUGAAUCUUCGACUGCUCGUCAAAACGAUUGUUGCUCAAGGGAUGGAAGCUAAGAAAAAUGCUCGAUUUGAAGAGGGUUUUCAUCACUUUGCAGUGGUUGGAUGGUUAACCAUAAAGACAAUGAAGCAAAAUGCCGAUGCUCUAGAUAUGGAAAUAGCUUUAUUUGACAUGGCAAUUUGUCGGACGGAAAGGAUGUUUCAGAUGUUUCCCAUAUCGAAAAAAACUGAACCAACAUACCUGAUCAACGAAUUCAACCAGUGGACGGAUUCCAAGGAAAAAAAUAUGUACUGUGAAGCUAAAAAGGAAGCCCAAGAAUUUUAUAAUUUGUUUAAAGACACACUGGACGAGUCAGUCGAGAAUUUAAAGAUUUGUGGUAACGACGAGCAGUUUUUGGGCGAAAAUGAGCAGUUUUCGGGGGAGGAUGGGGAGUUUUCAGACAAUGUCGAGCAGCUUUUGGUCGACGAAGACGGGCAGAUUUUGAAUGUUGAUAAGGGUUUUUCGGUCAAUUUCUCAAGUCAGUUUAAUUAUUAUAAAUUGUAAAAUGAUACACAUCUAUUUGCCCUGAAUCGUUCUGUUGUCGUCAAUACAUUACUAACCAAUAGGAAAGAAAGACAUAUAGGAUGAAGUGCGAUAUUGAAAAAUGAAAAUCCUAUAUAGGAAUAUGGUGGUUGCAAGAAAA